UCUGAAAUAUUAAUAGCUAGGGGCUUAGGAGAAGAACAUGUGGAGAUAACACAUGAUCUAAAUCCAAUUUUUUUUAUUAUUCUCUUUGAAGAUAAAAGAAUGCAUCCAAAAUGAACAACCAUGUAAUCUAGCUACCUACGCAUGCUAAAUUACAGGUUGGCUCAUGUCCUUGCAAGUUAUUAAGAUACAAAAUGUUGUUUCUAUAAGCUAAUUCUGGCAUAUUUUCUUUCAGAAAAAGACGGAAUCUCAUUUUCGCUACACAUGUCACAUCUACCUAAUAACCCAAAGGAAUUCAUUCAUUUACUCCAUGUGCCUAACCAGCACCGCGGAUUUAAAUACGAAAAAUGGAUGACAUCCUAAAAUAAUAACAAAAAUUCUAAAUCCGGGCAUACCGUCACUAGUAGUAUAGAAGCGGCUAAGAGAGCAGCUUGGGUAGUUUGGGAAUUUCAAAUAUUUUAGCUUUCUACACACGUGUUAUCUUCGAUUUCUCAAUCACUGCCACCUCCCCAUAUGGAACUCAACUCAGAAGAAGGUUCAUACUCAUCUUUCUCGGAUUUUCAUGCCUUUCUCAGUUCCUCUUCAAUUUUCCUUUGUCUCUUCUCGUCUUUCCUCUUGCGGCUCUGAAACUUUUAUCAGAGUUCAGACUACACAAUUCUGUGCAGUGAUUGGAAAUGGAUUUUGUAAGCAUCUCUGUUUGAGGAGAUUCCCUGAAUGUCAAGUGCUGCAAAUAUGAUUAAAGUAAAAAACACAAUUGUACAAGUGGUAUCUCAGCCUGAAAAAUCUACGUCGGGAGUGAGAUCACAGAUUUAUACAUUUAUGGCAAAAGGACUUUCCAACUGUAUGGGAAAAGAUUGGUUAACAGAUGCAAUCCUUGCAUCAGGCACUGACAACUAUCCUGAAGAAAGCAUUCUGAAUACAUUAGAACUAAGUGACCGGGUUCGCCGCGGGGUUUCAUACUGGUCAAGUAGAGGAGAAACUGAUCCUACAGUUCCCGAGACACUAUCAUAUAAAUUAAUCUCAAACCUGUGCUUGGUUUCAGAAAUUCAUGUAAUCCAUUUCAAGCUGCUCAAGGAUCUUUGUUGGACAAAAUCGCAUGGACAUAUACCUCACCAGAAUUUCCCAUGGCUCAGGAGAACAACUUGUAGAAGUUUAGGCUGCCAAAACCUGUUCUUUCCAUUGGUGGAAUCCUACAAGUGGAGCUCUUACGCAGAGUUCAAAGACAAGAAAUGGAUGGUCUAUAUUAUAUAUGGUCAACUCCCUCUUUUGGUUUAUUGGCCUCAAAAAAUUGACUUCUAUUUCCUGAUAUUGUUGCAGUCAUAGUCUACCAUAUGGCAGUUGUAUAUAUAAAUGUGGAUGUGAGUUCAAAAGGGCAUUAAUAUUGAUUUUUGUGUUUCUAAGAUAAUCUUAUAGAUGAAUGCAUCUCACAAGUUUAUCCACAGCUCUCUCAGUUAAUAAUUAUUGCACGUAGUUUUUGUGGAUGUUGGAUAUCACUGAGUUUAUUUGAGCAGAUUAUACACUCUUAUGUGAAUCAUUAACACGCUUAAUUCAUCU